AUCAUAUUUUAAAGAUCAGAAGACAGUCUCUUAGGAUAGGCAUUGGUUUUACGGUAUGGCAGCCUUGACUGCACUGUAACCUGACUAAACAGCGGUUGUUAGGGGCAAGCGGAAGCGUGGCUUUAAACGAUACAGGAAGUGUGGCGUUUGGGCCAUGUCAAGGUCGACUCUGCUAGAACCAGAACUGAGAGAGGCGGAGAUGAUGGGUGAUGAGACGACGCGGUUCGAGGAGCUGCUGUUGCAGGCGUCUAGGGAGCUCCAGCAAGCUCAGGCAACCACACCAGAAUCUACACAGAUCCAGCCUCAGCCUGGUUUCUGCAUAAAGACCAACUCAUCGGAAGGGAAGGUUUUCAUCAACAUCUGUCACUCUCCCUCCAUCCCUCCUCCGGCUGACUUGACCGAAGAUGAGCUGCUUCAAAUGCUGGAGGAGGACCAAGCUGGCUUCAGAAUCCCUAUGAGUCUGGGAGAGCCUCAUGCCGAACUGGAUGCAAAAGGCCAGGGCUGUACGGCCUACGACGUAGCUGUCAACAGCGACUUCUACCGGAGGAUGCAGAACAGUGACUUCUUGCGGGAACUAGUGGUCACCAUCGCCAGGGAGGGCCUUGAGGAUAAAUACAGCUUGCAGCUAAAUCCAGAAUGGCGCAUGCUGAAGAACCGGACUUUUCUGGGCUCCAUAUCGCAGCAGAACAUCCGCUCCAAGCAGCGUCCUCGGAUCCAGGAGUUGGGGAACCUGCACAGCCCGGGCUCCAAGGCACCUGAGGGAGGCCCCGAGAAGCCGCACUUAAGUCUUUGGCUGGAGGCCCCCGACCUCCUCUUGGCUGAAAUUGACCUCCCCAAACUGGAUGGAGCCCUGGGGCUGUCGCUGGAGAUUGGGGAGAACCGCCUGGUGAUGGGGGGCUCCCAGCAGCUGUAUCACCUGGAUGCCUACAUCCCCCUGAGGAUCAACUCUGAGGCGAGCAAGGCAGCCUUCCACUGGAAGCGAAAGCAACUGAUGGUGGCCAUGCCCCUUCUAUCGGUGCCUUCUUAACCAGAGUGUCUCCCUGUCUUCGCAAAUGGAGAAGAGACGGGUGAAUCCCAAAAUAGAAAUAAAAGAGUUUUGCCUUG